AUGGAUGCAUCUUCAUUAUAUUCGUUAUUGGAGGGGGUAUUCACCAAAAAUGAUAUCGCAACCAAUUCUACUGCAGUUACCAACUUUUUAAACGUUACUAGUACUGCUCUUGCAGAUGUUCCAUCCAAUGUUUCAUUACCAUUUUUCGGUGAUGUUCUUGGCUUAGGGUUAUCAAGUGGAAACUUUUCGCUCUCGUCAUUAAACAGCACUGUUAUUACGAGCUUACUUAGCGGCUUCAUUCCAGUUUUCAAUGACAUCCCAGCUAACACCACUGCAACCAUUAUUCAAUACACCGUCGCCAUGGUUAACACUUUAAAUUUAACUGUUUCUAGUUCAAGCUCAUCAGGUCUCAAAUCAUUCUUAACUUCGACUGUCUUACCAUCUGUUUUAAGUUUGCCUGCUAAUGACACCUCUACUUUUGUUGGAGAUGUAGCAGCUGCAUUGGCUUACAUUCCUCAAAGUACCCAAAUACCUUACCUUCAAAAGGUCCUUCUUUACGCUGGAAGUCAUCUUAGCUCUCUUAAUGGGUCCGCAAUUUCUACUUCAGAUCUUAGCCCUUAUAUUGCAGAGUUAAAUAUUCCAACUGCAGCUGUUGUGCCACUAGUUAAUAACACAGUUGUUUCUAUUUUGUCUAUGCCAUUGAAUGAAUCCAAAGUCUUUUACAGCCAAUUGGUUUCAUUCUACGAUACUGUUCCUAGCAACAAUAGUAUGUUCAUUUCACAAAAAAUUAAGGAUUACAUUUUCCCAUCCAAUGGUACCAUCACAUUAGGAGUUCAAUUCUUCUUGCUGAUGUUUAAUGAACUUUUACUCAAUGCUCAUGGAAAUGCUUCUCCAAGAUCAGGUACCCUCCAAAGUAACCAAAUCACGAAAAAGUUACUUGGUACGCCUUUACCACCUCAGGUAGUUCACUUGGGUACUGCAACUCAAACCAACUUGUUCGGAGACUACCCUACAAGUGCUGAUAUUGCACCUUCUGCUAUUUUCGCUGCUGUUUUCAUGAUUUUUGCGUUUGCACAUUUAGGAAUCUUCUACGAAAACUAUAGAAGGGGCCAUAAGUUUUGGCUUUCUCUUGGUUUUGCCUUCUAUUGUGUUUGCAGAUUUAUCGGAUGGGUGAUUAGAAUUGUCUGGAGUAGCAACCCUACAAAUGUUCAAUUGGGUUCAGCAGGGGGAUUCUUUACAGUUUCAUCAUCAGUGUUCUUGCUUACUCUUAAUUUGAUUUUGGCCCAGAGAAUAUUCACAUGGAUGCAUCCAGUGGGUGGAUCUAGAAAGCUUUUCUGGUAUUAUAUGUAUGCGUUGUACUUUUCGGUUAUUGUUGUUAUUGCGUUAACUAGUGGUGCUCAAAUAUCCCCAUACCUCUCCUUUAUGUCUCCUGCAAAGGUAAGCAGAUUACUAAAAGUCACAGAAGCUUCAUCAAUCCUUUUAUGUCUUUACUGUUUCCAAUCCUUAAACUUAGUUGCUAUGGCAUACCAGUUCAAGCCCACUAAAAAAGACAAGAACUUAUACACUUAUCAAGCAUGGUGGAUUGAAAAGUUCUCUCCAUUUUACUACGUUGAAAAGGGUGCAGCACAGCAAGCCGAGGAGUCUUUCUUGGAAAGAUCCGUACAUGAAAGAAAUGCAGUUAGGGUUAUUCGUGCUUCUGUUCAACAUGCUCAAACGAUUCCGGGUGUUUCCACUGAAAGGGGUGCAUUAAACCAUACUUUCUCUGUAGCGCUUCUUGCGGUUACGUCAGUUCUUAUAUCGGUUGGUGCUAUUUGCAGAUGUAUUUCAAUUUUCCAAAAUAAUACUCAGAUGACGCAGACCAGUAUUUGUAAACCGGUUGUGAUGUAUAUCUGUUAUGGUUUACUUGAGGUGAUAUGCAAUAUCUUAUAUUUAGUAGGAAGAAUCGACUUGAGAUUUUACAGACCUGAUCGUCUUCCUAAGAGAAUACGUGAAGCCCCAGAAGUUCUCAAUAAAGUACUGUCCGACAGUCAUAGUGAGGAUUUGGAAAAGGACCUUGAUGUUGCAGAAGAUUCUGCUUAA